GGGCAAUUAGGGUGUGGCUCGUGGUGGCCACACUCCUCUUCAUCCAUCCAUCCAUCUUCAACCUCCAAAAAAAGAAAAGAAGAAUAGGUGAAAUCUCUGAAUUCGUUUAAUUAAUUAAUUUCAGGUUGGAUAUUCGUCUUUUGCUGAAUCCUUAUCUUGUAGAUGAAGUUCGGGGCGGCUUCACUCGGCCCAAUAACCAACCAUGCCUCAUAUUGUGGCACUAACCCAACUGAAGCAUUGCUGUUACGUGACAAACCUCUGCACUUGUCCUGUGGACUUGAUGCUAAAAUACUAGUUUCAAGGGGUAAAAUGUUCCAGGGUUUAAGGAGACACAAACAGGCAUUUUCGUUGACGUUUAUCGUAUCUGCUAUUCGAAAUGGAAAGGAUGAACAUGAAAGCAUCAUAGGUGCUUACUCUGAUGAUCAGUCACUUACCAUCUCAAAAAGUAGUCACAAGGCUAAUGAUACAACAAAGGAAAGCGUUGCUUCCUCAUUAUACCUGAGUGAAGAUCACUCACAACAUGCUAAAAUUCUGGAAAACCAUGGAAAUCUUCUAGAUAAACUAAAGGCUAUUCACAUGCAUGCUUUAGCAAUGGAACAGUGGAAUGCUUCUCGACUUAAACAGUGUCACAGACGGCAUGCCAUGAGUGCUGCAAACCUGAUACACUAUUUGGCUCUCAGAAGCCUUGAUGUUGACCAGAUAAAAGAUGACCUAUCUUCAGUGGGACUUUUGAACUUGGAGACAAUCAAUCCAUAUGUAAUUGCAAGCCUUUCUGCAGGAAUCCAGAUGUUAGAAAACCUAAAGUCCACCUCUUUAGAUGGUAACGACAAAGGUAUAACCAGUGACAAAAGUGAGUUCACAAGAAGUAUGAUGAUAGACAAGGCAAAUUCUAAUCGGGACUUUCUCAUUGGUCCACUUCAAGAUGAAAGAACUCAUAUCAUGGUCACAGUUGGUAGAGAAGCCAUAUCCAAUGAAACAUUUAUUAAUGAUGUUCUUAAAACAGGCGCCACGAUCAUUCGUAUCAACUGUGCUCAUGGUGAUCCAAGUGUUUGGAGUGAGAUCAUCAGAAGAGUGAAGAUGAACUCUCAGAUGCUGGAGAAGCCAUGCCGGAUUCUCAUGGAUUUGGCUGGACCAAAGCUGCGAACUGGUAAGAUGAAACCUGGUCCAUGUGUCCUGAAAAUAUCUCCAAAGAAGAAUGCGCAUGGAAACAUGAUCAACCCGGCCCAUGUUUGGAUUGCCCCAAAAGGAGCAGGCCCACCACCGUCUCAUGUAUCUCCUGAUGCGGUCCUAUACGUGGACGCCCAAGAUUUUCUCACAAAGCUCGAAAUUGGUGAUACCAUUAAGUUCAGUGACGCGAGAGGAAAAAAAAGGUCGCUUAAGAUUUCAAAGAAAUUCCCUGUUUUCAAUGGUGUUGGGUUCAUGGCGGAUUGUACAAAGACUUGCUAUGUUGAAAACGGAAUGGAAUUAUAUAUCAAAGCGAACAAAAAAAGGGCUUCAUUUGGAUGUGUGGUGGAUGUUCCUCCUACAGAGACAUUUGUUAGGCUAAGAGUCGGAGAUUUGCUAGUGAUAACACGAGAUAGCUCAAACGAAGAACUGACUUCUUCAAAGGCUGGCACUCCUAGAGUGACUUGUUCAUCUGGGUAUCUGUUUGACUCAGUCAAACCAGGAGAGCCUAUUGCUUUUGAUGAUGGAAAAAUAUGGGGAGUUAUCAAAGGGACUAGUAUAUCAGAAAUAGUUGUUUCCAUCACUCGUGCUGGUCCGCGUGGUACUAAACUUGGUCCAGAGAAAUCUAUUAACAUCCCGGAGAGCAAAAUCCAGUACGAGGGUUUAACUUCAAAAGAUAUUGUUGAUCUGGAGUUUGUAGGCAGUCAUGCAGACAUUGUUGGAAUUUCAUUCGUCCGAAAUGUGAAUGACAUUGUUGUGCUUGAGCAAGAGCUUAAGAAGAGGAAGCUUGAGCACUUGGGAAUUGUUUUGAAGAUUGAAACAAAAGACGGGCUUAAAAACUUGGCUGUCAUGAUUUUAGAGGCAAUGAAGCUACCAAAUCCUUUGGGGAUUAUGAUUGCUAGAGGCGAUCUUGCAGUUGAGUGUGGGUGGGAGCAAAUGGCAGACAUUCAAGAACAAAUUCUGUCGAUAUGCAGUGCAGCGCACGUCCCUGUUAUUUGGGCAACACAAGUACUGGAGUCGUUAGUGAAGACUGGUGUGCCUACUAGAGCUGAGAUAACAGAUGUGGCGUGCGGAAGAAGGGCAAGUUGCAUAAUGUUGAACAAAGGAAAACAUAUUCUGGAAGCAAUUGCCACUUUAGAUACCAUAUUGAAAAGCAGCAGCUCCACAAAGGUGAAAGCAGAAGUGAAACCUCUUGUAUUAUCCAACCGCCUCUCUUGAUUCUAGUGUUUGUACAUAAACUUCAUCUGGAUUUUGGACCAUUCAAUACUAGUAAUUACUAUAGCUAUCAUAUUUUUUUGCACUUUUCCAAAGUUUCAAGCCUAAA